CUUGCUUCUACCGUCGUCCUCGUGUUCUCUAGAUCUAUCGUUACCGUUGGAUCCACGGUGACUUUCCCCUCGUUGAUCUCGUGAACUUCUCGAGUGUGGUGGGGUUGAACCGUUUUGUGGAGUAUUUAUUCUCUCCAGAUCAGUCGUUACUUUACUUAGACCCCCACGGUCCAGCGUUACUGGGACUUAAUCACAUAGAUUCUCCUCCCCCGGUCUUGAAUCAUGUCCCACAUUGAUAUCACCAAAGACCUGUCGGCCCUCUUCAACAAACAGGUUCUCGCGACCCCCGACGCCCUCGCCUUGGAAGACGGAGAGACCACCUAUACCUAUAAUGAGUUGGCACAGGAGGUGGACCGCCUGGCUCAACGCCUGCGCGAUUACGGUGUGAGUCGGGACAGUCUGGUGGGCGUCCUGCUGCCGCGGAGUGCCCAUUAUGUCAUUGCCUGUCUGGCCGCUCUUCGGGCGGGAGGCGCCUUUCUGGUCCUCGAGCUGGCCUACCCGCCGGAUCUGCUGGCCGAUGUGUUGGCGGAUGCCACCCCGGCCGUCGUCCUCACCCACAAGGCGGAAGCGGCCAAGGUCGGUGGCAGCGCUCCCUUGAUCCUGCUUGACGAACCGCUGGCGGAAGUCAAUGGACAUGCGAAGGAAGCGUCCCCGCUGCCGGCGGACGAUGACCUCGACCGACUGGCCUUUGUGUCCUACUCCUCCGGCACCACGGGCAAGCCGAAGGGCAUCGCCAACCCCCACCGCGCCCCCGUGUAUUCUUACGACCUGAGAUUCACCGUCCAGGACCUCCACCCCGGCGAUCGUGUCGCCUGUAACGUCUUCUUCAUCUGGGAGAUCCUCCGCCCGCUCUUGCGGGGCGCCACCGUGGUGACCGUGCCCGACGAAAUCAGCUACGAUCCGGCGGCGCUGGUCGAUCUCCUGGAAUCCAAGCACAUUACCGAAACCUUGAUGACCCCCACCCUGUUGGCCACUGUCCUGGUCCGACACCCCCAUCUGGACACCCGUCUGCCCCAGCUCCGCACCUUGUGGCUCAACGGCGAGGUGGUCACCACCGAUCUCGGACGGCGGGCCACCAAGUGUCUGCCCAACACCCGCUUGCUCAAUUGCUACAGCACUUGCGAGACCCACGAGGUCGCCUGUGGCGACAUUCGGGAGAUGUUGACGAGCGACGCGCAGUACUGCCCCGUGGGACCGCCCCUGGACCCGGAGCGGACGUACAUUCUGGACCAGGAGGGUCAGCAGCUACCCGUGGGAGUGAGUGGGGAGCUGUUUGUCGGAGGCCCGCUCCUCGCCCGGGAGUACCUCAACCUGCCCGAGGCUACCCGCAAGGCCAUCACCCCCGACCCCUUCGACCAGACCCCGGGAUCCCGGAUGUACCGCACCGGCGAUAAAGCCCGCAUCCUGGACUCGGGCUUCCUCGAGAUCACCGGGCGCGUGGGGGACAUGAUCAAGCUCCGCGGGUAUUCCGUCGUGCCCGCCAAGGUCGAAAACGAAAUCAUCAAGCGCCUGGCGGUCAGCAGCUGUGCCGUGUUGGCCCACGGCGACGGCCUGGAAAAGGAGCUGGUGGCGUACGUGGUCCGCGACCGGGACGAUUCCGCCGAUCGGCCCCAGAUCGAGAUCAACCCGUCGGGCCACAGCCCGGUCGCCCGCCGCGCGCUGCUGCCGUACCUAGCGCAGUACAUGAUCCCGGCCCAGUGGGUGGAGUUGCACGAGCUACCCACCCACGGGGUCUCGGGCAAGGUCGACCGCAAGGGCCUGCCGCCGCCACGGAGUGCCAGCCCGGCCGUCAACGGCGCGGAGGAGUCGGAGCGCGAUCCGAUCGGCCUCGACCAUAUCGCCGCCUUCUGGGCGGCCAGCCUGAAGACGUCGCAGUCCCUCCUGCGGCGCGAAGACAACUUCUUCGACCUGGGUGGACACUCGCUGUCCAUCGCGGAUCUCGCGUCGCGGCUGACGCGAAACUUCGGCUUCACGGUCCCGAUCGCCCGCCUGGCCGAGAACGCCACCCUGGACGGCCAUCUGCAGACCGUCCGCGCGGUGCGCGACGGACACACCGCGGCGGUGCAGGCCGAUCUCCCCGCCUUCCUGCGUGCCGACUCAACCCUCGACGAGGACAUUCGACCCACCGGUGCCCGCAUCUGCUCCGUCACGGACGCCGACACCGUCCUGCUCACCGGUGUCACCGGAUAUCUGGGCGCGUUCCUCCUCCACGACCUGCUGGAGAGCACCACCGCCCGGAUCAUCUGUCUGGUCCGUUUCACGGACCCGGCGGGCGACGACCGAUCGGGUGGUGUGGCGCGCAUCCGGCGCAAUCUCCUGGACAUGGGCCUGUGGCGUGAUUCCAUCAUGGAGCGGGUGGAGGUUCUCCCGGGUAACCUAUCGCGACACCGCCUGGGCCUCUCGCGCGACACGUUCGACGCGCUGGCGAGCCGCGUGCAAGUCAUCGUCCACGCCGCCGCAACGGUCAACCUCGUGUAUCCGUACGCCGCCCUGCGCGCGGCCAACAUCGGCGGUACCAAGGAAAUCCUGCGCCUCGCUUCCCAAGGCGGCGCGACCGUGCAAUACGUCUCGACGAACGGCGUGCUCCCGCCGCACCCAAGCGAGAAGGGCUGGACCGAGGACGCCACGUUGGACGUGGACGAAGUCCCCACCAAGCUCCUCGACGGAUACGGACAGACCAAGUGGGUGGCAGAGCGGCUGGUCCUUGAAGCCGGCCGUCGCGGCCUCCCGGUCAAGGUUCACCGCGCGGGCACAAUCAGCGGUCACAGCCAGACGGGCGCUGCGAACGCGUGGGACCUGCUCUCCGCGCUCUUCGUCGAAUCCAUCAAACUGGGCUAUGCCCCCGACGUCGACGGCUGGCGCGCGGAGAUGACCCCCGUCGACUUUGUCAGCAAGUCCAUCAUCCACCUCUCCGCCCAGACCCACGCCGAGACCACUGUCUUCCACCUCGGCGAUCCCAGCCCCGUUAGCACGCGCUCCGUCUUCGACCACCUUGCCGAGCUCGGGUAUCCCACGCGACGCCUGGGCUGGGAGGACUGGGUCGCGCUGUGGACGGAGAAGCGCGGGUCCGUCAAAGGCGGCGACGGCGCCUUUACAGUCGACAUCCUUCGCAGCGGCAUGCCCACCGUCGACUUCCUCAAGGGCAUCGUUGUGCUCGACAACGCCGCCACGCGCCCCUUCCGCGCAGUUGUCGAACGCCCCAAGGUCGACAGCGUCCUGAUGGAGACGUACACCCGCCACUGGUUCGCCCGCGGCUGGCUCUCCAAGCCCCCCUCCCGCACCACCCCGCUCCCAAUCCGCCCGCGCGGGCCCCUCAGCGGCCGCGUCGCCGUCAUCACCGGCGCGUCCUCCGGCAUCGGCGCAGCGGUCGCCAAGGCCCUCGCCAGAGAAGGCUGCCACGUCGCGCUGGGCGCCCGUCGCCUCGACGCCCUCAAAUCCAUCCAGCAACAGGCCCAAUCCCACGGCGUGAAAGCCAUCAUCCGCGCCACGGACGUAACCAACAAGUCCCAAGUCGAAGACCUCGUCCGCAGCGCGCGCAGCGAGCUCGGCCCCGUCGACUACAUCAUCGCCUGCGCAGGCGUCAUGUACUUCACGCUCAUGGCGAACACGCAGACCGACGAAUGGGAGCGCACAGUCGAUGUCAACUGCAAGGGUCUGCUCCACGCGCUGUCGUCCACCGUGCCGGACAUGCUCGCGCGCGGCUCCGGCCACGUCGUCGCCAUCUCCUCCGACGCAGGCCGCAAGGUGUUCCCCGGGCUGGGCGUCUACUCCGCCAGUAAGUUCUUCGUCGAAGCCACGCUGCAGGCGCUGCGUGUUGAGACCGCGGGCACCGGGCUGCGCGUUACGGCUAUUCAACCGGGUAAUACCCAGACGGAUUUGCUGGGUAUGUCGACCGACGAGGAGGCUGUCAAGAAGUACGGUGGUGCCUCCGGAGCGCAGAUUCUGAGCCCGGAUGAUGUGGCGGGUGCGAUUGUUUAUGCGCUGCGCCAGCCGGCGCAUGUUUCUGUUAAUGAGGUGUUGAUUGAGCCGAGGGAUGAGCCCAUUUGAGCGUUAGAUGUUAUAGAUAGAUACGAAUUACGCUGCUUGGUAUAUUUGAUUAACUACAUUCCGCUUAUAUAGUAGGUACUAUGCAAUGAUAGAAG